UCGGGUAUGCAACAAUUCACCCAUUUACCGCCGCCCGCCGACCCGUCACCCAUCGACGAUUUUGCUGACGCUUUGGGUCCCGAGGCGUUCGGUCAGCCACAGCCGUGCGCCGCUCUGGCCAACGAUGUGUUCCAAGACGGCCACGACCCGUCGUCGUACACCAACAAGUCACCUACCACUAUGCUGGACCUGGGCAGCGGCACAAUACACCACAACAAGAGCCCCGUCCCCGUGCCGUCGUCGCACUGUGACGAUUCUGCCGGAUGGCAGCACUACAGCCAGCAAUACCAGUGUUAUCAGCCGGCUGACAACGAUUACCGUCACCACCAUCACCACCAUCACCAUCAUAACCAAUUCGACCAUCACGACCAGCAGUACGUGAUCAAGACAGAAGAUACCAGCAUUUCGAGCAGUGACGGCGGCGGUGGCAUCGGCCACGAAUCCUUGGACCUCAUGUACCCCGUGUCGCAGGAGAUGGACUACUAUGCCGCGGUACCGGAACCAUCAUCCAAGGGCGGUGCCAAUGAUGUCGGCUUGGCCAGCCCAAUCGACUUCAUCGGGGCAAACGCCGACGCGCUGACCGACGCGUCUGUUGACUUCAUGGUGUUGGAUCCCUCGAAAAUGUUAAACAACAACAAUAAUGACUAUUACAUGGACCCUUAUUGCGCCGGUAUCGCCGUCGAGUCUUCCAGCGACUAUAGCGACUUUUCGCUGAAUUGGUCUCAGUAAAAUGUAUUAAAAACGUUUAUUCUUUAAUCUUUUGUGUAUUUUAAUUUUUAUAGCUUUCUGAUUAUAUAUAUAUAUUUACAUAUAUUCGUGUAUAUUUAU